AUGGCCAAGGAUAAGGAACGCAGCGUCAACCCAGCGCAAGCCCAACGCCGGUUGGAGAAGCAGCGGGCCCUCAAAAAAGGAAAAGCCGAGCUACAGAACCGUCGAAAUGAGAAGUUGGCGCGUCGGAACCCGGAGCGCCUUCAGCGGCAGAUCGAUGAGCUAAAGUCGGCGGAGGAAUCGGGGCAACAACUGAGACCACGGGAAAAACAGAUUCUCGAAGGCCUAGAAAAGGACCUUAAAGCAAUCAGGAAGGCAAGAGAGUCUCUUGGAGACCGUGCACCCCAAUUCGGUGGUGGCGAUGCGAGGCGCGGACAAGGACGUGACAGGGAUGCCGGUCGAGGAGUACUAGGCAAGAGGAGAAGAGACGGAUGGGAUCGGCGGAGAGAACGCGACGAUGCAAGCGAUACGGACGAGAGCGUUCGAAAUAUACCCAUGCCGAGAGACACUCCACCUCCGAUCCCACGUCAACACCAACGGCGCGGACCAACGAGUGAUACGGAACCCGGAGAACAGCGGCAAAUUCAUGGACUACCGGAGAAACCUCCAAUCGAAACCAAAACUAUCUACGAAGCGGCACCGGCCAUCAGAAAUUUACAGCAGGAAGCUGUGAAUAAAUUCGUUCCUGCAGCCGUAAGGAUGAAACAGGCGGCAGUUAAGGGUCAGGGGCGGUUGGUAGAGCCGGAGGAGAUGGAGCGCUUGGAAAAGGAAGGCUAUGUUGCAGCUGCUCUACCCCCUUCGACUCCGCGUCCUACCGUUCCUACCGAUGAUUCGGCACAGAAACCCGGAUCCAUGGAUAUUGAUGCUGCUACCCUCGCAGAAGAGGAAGAACGAUUUCGACGAGAGCUUAAACAUGUCCAAAUAGAAGAAGUGGAGGAUGAAGAAAUAUGA